CUCAAACAGCCAUAAAUGACAAAAGAAUGCUUGCUCAGUGAGGGUAGCUGGUGCAGAAGCCAUUUUUUAAACUUAGGUGUUUAAGUACUCAAAGAAAAGACAGCUUUGAUUUCUGGCUGCAAAAAAGAUAUGAGGAAGAGCUCCUCCCCUUCCUUGAGUAACUGCAACUCCGUUCUUGCUAACAAAAUAUUUGGAAUUCCACUUGAUGAGCUGCAGCAGGGAGGACAUCCAGACAAUGAGGUUCCGUUCAUAGUCCGCCACGUUGUGGACUAUAUUGAGGAACAUGGAGGUCUGGAGCAACAAGGACUUUUUCAAGUCAAUGGAAAUGCUGAGACAGUGGAGUGGCUUCGGCAGAGAUACGACAGUGGAGAAGAGGUGGACUUGGUUAAGGAAGCAGAUGUACCCUCAGCUAUUAGUCUUCUUAGGUUUUUCCUUCAAGAACUUCCUGAACCUGUUAUCCCUGGCAGUUUGCAUAUUCACUUGAUGCAGCUUUCUCAAGAUUAUAAUAAUGAAGAUGAAUUUGGAAGAAAGCUGAGGUUCCUUUUACAGCAGCUUCCACCUGUUAAUUACAGUUUGUUAAAGUUUCUGUGUAGAUUUUUAGCCAAUGUAGCAUCACAUCAUGAAGAAAUUUGGUCUGCAAACUCUUUGGCUGCUGUCUUUGGUCCAGAUGUCUUCCACAUUUACACAGAUGUGGAAGAUCUGAAAGAGCAAGAAAUAGUGAGCAGGAUAAUGGCUGGACUUCUGGAAAAUUACUAUGAGUUUUUUGAGAAUGAAGAGGAAGAUUUCUCAUCUAAUGAUUUGAGUUCAAUUACCGAACAGGUUAAUGAACUUUCUGAGGAAGAAGAGGAAGAUGAAAAGCUCGAACAUAUAGAAGAACUUCCAGAAGAGGGUGCAGAAAAAUCAAGUGACAUGGCAGAGGUGGUACAAUUAAGGAUGACUGAAAACAUCCUGGAACCAAAUAGUGUUACAGCGUCAACAAGUGCCCAUUUAUCUCCCAUCAGCAUCUUACCAGCCUCUGCAGACAUUUUAGAAAGAACAAUUAGAGCAGCUGUGGAACAGCACCUUUUUGAUCUGCAGAGCAGCAUAGAUCAUGAUCUUAAGAAUUUACAACAGCAAAGUCUGGUGUGUAAUAAUGAAGCAGAAAGUUUUAAUUGUGAUGGGGAAGGAUCUAAUAACCAGGUUGAUAUUGCUGAUGAUAUUAUUAAUGCCAGUGAAAGUAGCAGAGACUGUUCAGAACCUGUGGCUAGCACUAAUUUAGACAAUGAAGUUAUGCAGCAAGAUUUUGUAUUUGAGGAUGAAGAAAAUAACCAGUCUGUAGGUGUACUGUUAGAGCCAUGCGGUGACCGCGGUGAUGGUGAAGAUGGCUGUCUGGAGGGGAAAGAAUAUUUGUCAUUUGACAGUGAUACAUUGUCACACUUGAUUCUGGAUUCUAGUAGCAAGAUAUGUGAUUUGAAUGCCAACACUGAGUCAGAAGUGCCAGGAGGUCAAAGUGUUGGUGUUCAAGGGGAAGCAGCAUGUGGAACCCAAAUUCCACAUUUAGAUCUGAAGAACGUUUCUGAUGGUGAUAAAUGGGAAGCGUCAUGCCCUAUCACUUUUCCCCUCAUUGAUUUCAAAACAAUGCAUCUGCAGAGAGAUGGGGAGGAGCCGUUUCCUGCUUUUAAGUCUUGGCAGGAAGACUCUGAGUCUGGAGAAGCUCAGCUCUCUCCUCAAGCUGGAAGAAUGAAUCAUCACCCCCUGGAAGAGGACUGUCCUCCGGUAUUAUCACAUCGUAGUUUAGAUUUUGGGCAAAGCCAGCGUUUCCUACAUGAUCCAGAAACAUUGGAUUCCUCAUCUAAGGCACUUUCUUUUACUAGGAUUCGAAGAUCAUCCUUCAGUUCAAAAGAUGAGAAAAGAGAAGACAGAACACCAUAUCAGUUGGUCAAGAAACUUCAGAAAAAAAUUAGACAAUUUGAGGAACAGUUUGAAAGGGAAAGAAAUAGCAAGCCCUCCUACAGUGAUAUUGCAGCCAAUCCAAAGGUAUUAAAAUGGAUGACAGAGCUUACCAAACUGCGGAAGCAAAUUAAAGAUGCAAAACACAAAAGCUCUGAUGGAGAAUUUGUACCUCAGACACGCCCACGUAGUAACACUCUUCCAAAAAGCUUUGGCUCUUCUCUAGACCAUGAAGAUGAAGAAAAUGAAGAUGAAUCCAGGGUCAUUCAGAAGGAGAAGAAGCCAUCUAAGGAAGCAACACUUGAACUUAUUCUGAAAAGACUGAAAGAAAAACGUGUUGAACGGUGUCUUCCAGAAGAUAUCAAAAAAAUGACAAAAGAUCAUUUGAUAGAAGAGAAAACUUCUCUCCAAAAAAGUCUUCUUUACUAUGAAAGUCAACAUGGAAGGCCGGUGACCAGAGAAGAGAGGCACAUUGUGAAACCUCUCUAUGAGAGAUACAGACUUGUGAAACAGAUGCUGACGAGAGCUAGCAUCACUCCUGUUCUUGGAUCUCCAUCUUCCAAGCGAAGGGGUCAGAUGUUACAACCAAUCAUAGAAGGAGAAACUGCCCAUUUUUUUGAAGAAAUCAAGGAAGAAGAAGAAGAUGGUGUUACCCUGUCCUCUGAGCUAACUGAUAUCUUGAAAACUGCUGUACAGGCACAGUCUUCAUUGGAAAACUCUGAAUCUGAUGUUGAAGAAAAUCAAGAAAAACUGGCUCUGGAUCUUCGAUUGUCAAGUACUCGAGCAGCUUCUAUGCCUGAAUUACUAGAACAACUUUGGAAAGCCAGAGCUGAAAAAAAGAAACUACGCAAAACGUUACGGGAAUUUGAAGAAGCAUUUUAUCAAAAGAAUGGAAGGAAUGCCCAGAAAGAGGAUCGUGUUCCAGUGCUUGAGGAGUACAAGGAGUACAAGAAAAUUAAAGCCAAACUCAGGCUUCUUGAAGUUCUUAUCAGCAAACAAGAUUCUUCAAAAUCCAUAUAGAAAUAUGCUCCUUGAAAACAUCAUAAAAAUCAGUUGUAUUCCCUGAAGCUGUCAUCGUGUGUACUUGGCUGGUACUUGAGUUCAUUUUGUCAGGCACUCCAAGAGUAUCAUUUUGUACUUGGUUGUGGUGCCACUAGAGGAAGACGGGAGGGUAAGUAGACCCUCUCUAGGGAGCGUGGUGUUCCAUGUUAACCACAGACUGUCCUCUCCACCUUUAGCAAACAUCCAGUUUUCAUCAUUGUUUUGUACUACAGAUACAUCCUGUUAGCAAAAGACUAGUACUUUAUUCUUUCAACUUCAAGAACUUUGGAGAUACAAGCUUUUUGUUAUCACCAACUUUAUUUUUAUUAUUAUUUUUUUAAUUACUGAAGAAAAUUGAGAAGAACAUCUUCACAUUGAAUUCUUCGGUUGCCUUUUUCUUACAGAAUGACUGAAAAUUGGAAAGAAAAGCCUAUAAAUGUGCACAUAUGCAACUAUGUCCUGUGUUUUCUUAGAAAACCAAAAUCAACUGAAAUUUCAAGUCCUACUGUGGAACACAUUUCUGUUUAAUUUCCAAAGUGACACUUUCUCACAGGUGGUAGUAUGUUAGAAAAAUUUUGCAAUUCACUGGUCACACAGCUCCUGGAUGAAGAUAACAGAGGGUAGACCAAAAAGUGACCUUGUUUAUUAGUAUAGUGAAAACACACACCACACAUCAUACACAGAACUGAAUCAUAUCACAUGCUGCCUACGGGACAUAAGUUACUGUUUGUUUCCUCAGUUACUCUUUAUUAGCUGGUGAUGAUGUGGUUUGUCUGGAUCAGAUCCUGUAUUUUUUCCCCCUACCCACCUCCAGAUAAUGUGAGAAAAUAGCCAUGUCUAUGUAGGAACACUGAUGGUGCUCAGAUUUGUGUGUUCAGUCAGGUGGGCCUAAGUUGGCAAAAGAGUCAUUAUGCCUGAAUUAAAUCUUUCCUUCACAAGGGCUAUACCACUGCACUUUCACGUGUACCUUCCGGGGGUUGCAUCAUUUUUUUUUUUUUUAAAUCAGCAAAAUCCAUAAAGAAAACAUCCUCUAACAGGAGCCCUUUUCCUCAGUCACAUGCUGUUUAAAGCAGUUGUGUGGUGGUAUGCCCCUUGUCAUAUAAUCUAAGCUUAUCUUUUAUUCUUUGGUUUUGCAUGGCUUUUCUUCAAGUACUCUUCCGGUAUCAUUCUGCUAAUGAUUUUCACAGAUUGGUGACUUUAUUUGAGCUAAGAAUAUAGGCAAUAACAGCAUAUUCUGGUCAGGCUUAAUGUAAGUGUUAAUUUUUUUGGAUUGAUGAGUGUCUCACUUUGUGCCCAUGUUUUGCAUGCAUUGAUUCAUGCAUGGUUUUCUUAACUAGCUGAUAUUAACAGUUCCAUAUAAAAAUGGGACUUCCGCAACAUUCUUUAAUCAAGUGAGGGAAGCAUGAACCUCAGACUUCUGGCACUAUUACAUAGUAAGCACAUGAAGUAGCUUGAUAAUAAGUAGUGUUUCUAGGAUUUCACAUUUCACCUGUGUGUGCAAUGCCUUUUUUGGGGGGGAGGGAAUGUUCAUUGGUGGUGAACAUGUAGUUGGGGAAUAAAGCACUAAAUCCAGCCCUUCUCGUGUGGUUUCCUUUUGAUACGGCUAGGUUAUUCAUAAUGUAUACUUAGAAAAAUGAAAUUGAAAAUGCCAAAAGAAGUAACACUUUGAUUUGAAUGCAGCAUGCAGUGUGCAUUUAAUUUCUUUCAGUCUCCAGAUGGGAGGGAGUAUAUCCAAACAUCUAAUUUAAUGUGCACUGUAUAUUGUUUUAUAUGAAUGUUUUAUAUACCACAUGCAAAAAUGUCCAUAUGCACUAUUUAAAUGUUUUAAAUAAUAUAUUCCUUCUUUAUAAUGCUAAAUCUAUAUGAGUACCAUAUUUUUAUAAGUCAGUGGCCUGACUGGUUUCAUUUUAGAAUUAACAGCUGCUUCAUGGUGACAAGAUUCUUCAAAAUCCAUAUAGAAAUAUCACUGUUCAUGUUUGGCUGCAGGUAGAAUAGAUACAAGUGGCAUGACAGCACUUAACAUGCUAUGUGACAGUACUGUGUGUCAGAGUUGAGCAGUAGGUGGUAGAAUUAGGCAGUUUGUGAUAGUUUUACUUUGGUACAAGUAAAAACUGUAUAUCUAUAUACAAAUAAUAUAUAGAUAUAUAUGACCACCAAUAUAAUUGCAUUGCUGUGUCUGGCACUUCAUUGUAUAGACUUUUGUAAUAAAAGAACUUGAAUGUU